AUAAUAGGUGCUGGCUAGUGCUCAUUCUUUGGUGGGGUUGUCCUGAGGCCAUUCUUUAAUUUUUUAGUCGUAAAUUUUUCUUUUAAAUUUAAUUUUAAGAGAUUUUAAGCAUAUUUUAAUUUUGUUUUUAUAUCCAAACAACAAUCACUAAUGGCUGCCGAACGUGAUGAACUUGUACAAAAAGCCAAAUUGGCUGAACAAGCUGAACGAUACGAAGACAUGGCCGUUGAUAUGAAAAAAGUUACAGAAUUGGGCACAGAGUUAAGUAACGAGGAGAGGAAUUUACUUUCAGUAGCUUACAAAAAUGUCGUCGGGGCCCGCCGUUCUUCCUGGCGUGUCAUAUCAAGUAUUGAGCAAAAAACUGAGGGCAACGAAAAAAAACUCAACAUGGUCAAAGAAUACAAAGAAAAAGUUGAAAAAGAACUGAAAAAUGUCUGCCGGGAAGUUUUAGAUUUACUUGAUAAAUUUCUCAUUGCCAAAGCAGCCAAUGCAGAGAGCAAAGUUUUUUAUUUAAAAAUGAAAGGUGAUUACUAUCGCUACUUAGCAGAAGUCUCAGUCAAUGAGGAAAGAUCAAGUGUAGUUACGGAAUCACAGAAUGCCUACCAGGCAGCACUUGACAUAGCCAAGGAACAAAUGCAGCCAACCCAUCCUAUCCGUCUUGGACUUGCUCUCAACUACUCUGUCUUCUUCUAUGAAAUUCUCAACUCUCAAGAUAGAGCUUGUCAUUUGGCCAAACUUGCUUUUGAUGAGGCCAUUGCAGAGUUGGAUACACUGAAUGAGGAUUCGUACAAGGACAGUACCCUAAUCAUGCAGUUACUACGAGACAACCUCACUCUGUGGACAUCAGAUGCUCAAGGUGAUGCCGUGGAGGGUGAGGAGACCCAGGGAGUGGCUGAGUAGGGGGGAGGGAACGAUGAUGGUGGUGACGAUGUGGUAAUGGUGAUGGUGGUUUUGUGACUAUGGGAAAUUUGAUAACAGAGAUAAUUUAAUAGGGGUUGUGGUGACAUCUAUUGUCGGGAAUUAGUGAAAUGGUUAACGAUGGUGAUAGUGAGGAUGGCAGUGAUGAUGGUGAUAGUUAAGGUUAUGAUAGUGGGGGCAAUAAUGAUGGCUAUAAUGAUGAAGUGGUGAUGGUUGAUUUCGGUGGUGAUUAAGAUGAUUUUGAAGGUUGUGUAAUGAUUUUCUGGAAGUUGUUUGGUUUUUAUGAGUUUUAUUACUUUUAAACUAAACGAUAUGAGUUAGGUGGCGAUAAUAUUAUUAAUAAUAAUAAUAAAUAGUAAUAAUUAAAUAUUAUAUAAUGAUUAUUAAUUUUUAAAGUUCAUCAUACGAUUGAUUUAAUUAUUAAUUAUUUUUCACCUUUUUGUCCAUUAAUUUAUAUCUCGUAUUGUCUUAUCAUAUUCUUACGUCGAGUCCAAUGUUAGUUAUUAUGAUAAUAACUGUUUUGUUUAUUGCUAUUAUUAUUGUGUCAUUAUUAUUAUUGCUAUUGUUACACGUUGCCUACAUUUACUUAGAGUUCUCAUUAAUUAUAUAUAUGUAUAUAUUAUAUAUAUAUAUGUAUAUUAUAUGUUGGUAUUUGCUGUUUUAUUUUAUUUUUACCUACCUUUAUUUUAUUCUUUAUUUAUUACAUAAUGGUAUUAUUAUAUUUAAUAAUUUAAUAUAGUAUAUAUAUAUAUAUAUAUAUAUACAUAUAUAUAUAUAUAUAUAUAUAUAUAUAUAUAUAUAUUAGUUGAUGCAUUGAAAAUAUACGUACACACAGAUAUAUAUAUAUAAGCCAACAGAUGUAUUGUCAUACAGUAUUUUCUUCCACACGCAUAUUUGGUCAUUUUAUUAAUUUUUAUUUGCUAAAAAUUUAAUUAAUCAACUUACCUAUUUCUAUAUUUUUUCUUUUAUUUGUUUAUUUAUUAAUUAAAAAUGGUUAUUAAGGUAUUAACUCGUGUUAUGUCAUUAUUUUCUACAAUGACGCUAAAUUACAGGGGUCUCAGUAACAGGCAUGGUCGUUUUUAUUCAUUUACUUUUCAGAAUUUAAAUAAAUUUUAUAAUUUUCUGUAAAUAACUGUAUCUGUACUUGAGGCGGUUGGGAUCGCUAAAGUUACUUCUAAGGUUACUAAGCUACAACAACAGAUGCUCCGAAAUUUGUGAAUUCGUUUAACUUUUCACUGCAAAAAUGCUUUUUCAUAUUUUAUUCUACCAUGAAUUAAAUGACCCGUUUUGGUUUGCCAAUUCAUUUAUAUUCUCUAUUUAUUUAUUUCAUUCAAACAACCGUUCAAUUUUUCUUUCUUUUUUAUUCAUUCGUUCAUUUCAUCUGAAUGGUCUGCAGCUAAAAUCUAAGAAUAUUAAUGUUACCAAUCUUGAUUCAUUUGUUAUUAUAAGCUAAGCGAGAUUUAUGUUAAAGAAAUAUUGUGAAUUCAGAAAUAACAGAAACGAGUGCUAAUGUUUUUUCAAAAACUAAUGGUAUAUUUACUCUUUCAAUUUAAAUGUAUUAUAAAGUAUUGAUGUUAAUUUGUUAUUAUUAUUAUUGAUGUUAAUAGAGUUCUCUAAUAAAAUUCAAGAAGGUCGCUUUUUUCAUUCUUUAUAUCUACAAUUCUGUAGUAUUCAAAUAAUUUUAAACAGCCUAUCGAAACAAAUUUCUUAAGCUAUCCGGGCCAUCAAAUUGCUCUAACUUGCGCUUCAAUUUAACAUCUGGCUGUUUCAUACAGCUAAUAAAAAAAAUAGAUAAGUAAUAUAUUUGGCAAGGUUGUUUAUUGCACCUUUGAUAUGUUAUCUAAAUUGAAUUGGAUGAUGAAUUAGAUCUAAUGUUGUCAUGAUGUUGCUGGCCAAAAUGAAAAAAAAUAUAAGUUAAACAUCGAAUGAAUAAGCCGGCAAAUGAAACUAAUGUUAAAGCUUUUAAAACUCGAAUGCAAAUUAAACUAAGAAAUCAACUUUAAAAAUAUAUUUUAAAAAAUCUUUGUUAGCGAUUCUACGCGAACCGUUUCGUUGAAAACUCGUCAAAAUGUGACAUCGGUUCUGCUGACGAUGCUUAAGUUCAAUUGCUUGUGGUCGUUGUAGGGGCAGCCAUUGUGGUUGUUGUAGUAGAAGUCAUCAAUGAUGCUGGUGCAGAUUGGUUUCCGCCAGAUAUACCAAAUGUGGUUAUGAAAACGUUCAUCAACAUAACAAAAUAAAGCAGGUAGGUUGCCAUAUGUUGCCAGAACGCCAUCUUCCUGAAUGUGAUCUUUUCUUGCCUGUCUUCACCUUGUUCCUCCAAAAAUAUUGCAUGAUGUCGCUGAGCCUCUGCUAAUUUUUUCUCUGCUUCCGCUUCUUCUUUCUCUCUCAAACCUGACGCCAACUCAUCUUUUGCCCUUGAGAGUUCUGCCUCCAUUUCCAGAUUUCCUGGUGAUUUGGAACAUGCCUCUUGCACAAUUUUGACGUAGUUUGUAGAUCUGAUAAUUUUUAUUUCAGCGUCCGCUAUUUGAACUUUCGCCAUUUCAAUGUUUGCAUCCGAUCUGUCGAGUCGCAGUGCUUUGUUGUCGAACGCUAAUGGCAAUCGCGAUUCGAUGGUUGAUAGAACCGGGGAGGUGGCAGCCGGUCGACUGGGACCGCUCAACUCCACGGCUGAAGUUUCUCGAACAGUCUUGUACGAGGAUGUGGAUUUGCUUGGAAAUCGUCGGUACCAAUGUCGUGGACAGCAACAACAACAACGACGACUUUUUCCGCUGCCGACUUCUCUUAUCGUCGGAGUGUUGGAUUGAUUAUUUGGAUCUGAUCUGUUGCCAGCACUGUUGACGCAACAGCAGAAUGUCUGCUCAUUUGACGACUGGUUGUAAUAGUGCAGAUUGCCGAUAUAGAUGAUGAU